AUGGUGAACAACACCGCGCCUCGUGAAAUUCUUAGUGUUUUAAAGAAAAGAAACCCGUUAAACACUACAUGUGCCCAGAGCAUAUACAACCUCAAAUAUACAGAUAACAUAGCAGAACUAGGCGGUCUAAGUCCUACUCAGUUUGUCUUGAAUCAACUAAUAGAGAAAAGAUACCUCCAUGAGUAUCGUACAAAUCCAUACACCAACGAAAUCACAGAUAUUGUUUGGGUUCAUCCUCAAAACCUAGACUUAUCUGUGAAUUUUCCAUCCAUAUUGGUCAUUGAUGCCACAUACAAGACCAACGAGUACCGAUUACCAUUAUUGAAAGUUGUGGGUAUCACAUCCACAAUGUGCACUUAUUCUCUUAUAUUUGCACAUCUUACAAAUGAGAGGGUAGAGAACUUGACAUGGGCCUUGAGUACCUUAAAGAAAUAG